CCAAAGUGAUUAGGGUUAUCAUGUGUUUCUCAGUUUCAGGAGAGAGAUGUGAGAAAGGGCGAAAUGACUGGGUUGAGCUUGGAAAGAUCAAUCGAAUUCAAAUGACUUUAGAUAUCCUGAAAAAGGAUCAAAGUCCCUAUCAGAAAUCAUUUCUCAAACAGUAUGACCAUUCAGAUCGAUAUGCAAUAGAAGAUAUUGAGGGGUGGACGAAUGCCCAUAAACAGAUCCAUUCUCGCUCAGAUUGGUCCAUGGGUAUAACUCAAGGCUUUGAAGCUUGGCUAGCAAAGACAGUCGUUAAUUUUAUGAUUAAGGCAUUGGAUGGAGUGCCGGAGGAAGUUACCAAGCAUCCCAUGGGAGUGGAAGUUAAAGCUGGAAUUUGGGUAUUGGCGGUAUCGGCAAGGCAACGGUUACAAAGGCUCUGUACAAUUGACAGUAUUGUGGUUUCAAUGCUGUUUGUUUUGUAUCUAAUGUCCGUACCACUGUUGUAGAUGCCACAGGUCUUACAAAUUUGCAGAAGCAAAUUCUUAAAGAUUUAACCAAAUAUGAUGAAAAAGUGAACACUGUUGAUUAGGUUAAAUCUUUGUAUGCAUUGCAGAGGAGCAUAACCAUGAUGUUCGGCACUUUUGCAAUUUCUAUUGACCUAUUUUGGCCAUUGCAGCUUCGAAGCUCAGCUAGUAAAGACAGUGGUGAAUGAUGUGAUUAAAGACAUUGGACAGAGUGCCAUUAGAAGUUGCCAAGCAGCCACUGGGAAUGAACAAUGUGAAGAAUGCUCUCAUUCAGAAAUUAAAUCUGAAUUCAAUGAAAGAGGUCUCUGUACAAUCAACGUGAUGGUGGCUUUUUAUGCUGCUUGUUUUGUAUUUAAUGUCUAGGCCAUUGAUGACCACAGGCCUUACAAAUUUGCAGAAGCAAAUCUUUAAAUAUUUAACCAAAUAUGAUGAAAAAGUGAAAAGUGUUCUUUGUUUGAA